AUAAGGACUCAACUUCCGUGUUGACAGCAAAUUACGCUCUAUGAAAAUUACAGGUGUAUUGUUGACAGGUAAUAAAUACCAAAUAUUCCCAAUAAGAUCGGAACAAAAAUUGUCGGUAUCAUUUUUAAAAACAGAAAUCAUUCAAUAUGCCUUUAUUUGGCGGAAAAAAGAACAAAAAUAAGGACAGUUUAACAGAAAACCAGCAAAAUUUGAAUGCUGGCUCGCCGACACGCCCCAGAGAUGAUCCACCUUCAUCUAAUGGCACCGCUAAAAAUGAAGUGGUACAGAAAAAUGAGACACCACCUCCUCAACCUAGACCAAAAUUAGUGUUUCAUUGUCAACAGGCACAUGGUAGUCCUACGGGGAUUAUCUCUGGAUUUACAAAUGUGAAAGAACUAUACCAGAAAAUAGCUGACUGUUAUGAUAUGAAUGUUGAGGAUAUAUUAUUUUGCACUCUAAAUACACACAAGAUAGAUAUGACCAAAUUAUUGGGCGGACAAAUCGGUCUAGAAGAUUUUAUAUUCGCACAUGUAAAAGGCCAGCCAAAGGAAGUAGAAGUAACAAAAUCAGAAGAUGCUUUAGGACUAACAAUAACUGACAAUGGUGCAGGCUAUGCCUUUAUUAAACGUAUUAAAGAAGGAAGUAUUAUGGACACAACCCCUUUAAUAGCCGUUGGAGAUCAUAUAGAAAAAAUUGAUGGAAAAAGUUUAGUGGGUUGUCGGCAUUUUGAAGUUGCGAGAAUGUUAAAGGAAAUUUCAAAGGGACAAACAUUCACUAUCAGGACUGUUGAGCCGCUUAAAUCAGGUUUUUCAUUUGUUGGUCAAGCAACUGGGAAAAAAGGUAGUAGCAGUUUGGGAACCGGGAAACAGACACUACGAAUCAGUUCUAAAGGUCAAGCUAAAGUUGAAGAGGCUGAAGAGAUUGUCAGCACAGCAACAGACAAGAUAAAUGGUUUACUGGAAUCCUUCAUGGGUAUCAAUGAUACAGAUCUAGCACAACAGAUAUGGGAAGCUGGCCGAGAAAAAGAUAACCCACACGAUUUUGCAGUUGUGAUCGACACUUCUGAUUUAGCUGAUUUCGGUUUUACGGAUGACUUUGUAUUUGACCUUUGGGGUGCUAUAUCAGAUGCAAAGUCUGGCAGGCUGACCAAACCGGAUAUUCAAGAGUUUAAUGAACAGUUUUAAGAUAAUCAUGUAUCAUCUGUUUUGUGCCAAUGUGAUGUUUUGAUGUAAUAGUGUAAAUGUUAAUGACUGGUCAUUUAGGUCAUACUUGAUUUUAUUUUUAUCAGAAAAAGAUUUUCAUCACUAUGGUUACAAGACACUAUAGUACAUCAUAAUUAUAGCGCGGUUCAAAAUUCAUCUUGCAAAUUUGCAGCAUAAAGAAACUGGCCAGUUUUAUGCCAGAUAUGAUUUUAUUUUUGUUUAAUGAUUUUAUAUACUGCUCAAAGAAAGAAGAAUCAUACAGUUUUUUCUUACAGCUUUUAAGAAAUUUUUGCCAAACAGAAAAUGCAUUACAAGUGGUAUGAACUACUUAGUGACUAACUUAUGUUUUACAUUGGAUAAGGAUUGCCAAAUUCUAAAUGAAAAUGCAUUUUUUCUGCAUAGAAGUAUUGAUAUUUGAUAACAUUUUUAAAGUAAAAAUCAAAAUAUAUCAAAAUAUUUUAAGUGUGCUUGUAAGUAAAUGGUAUAUGACAACUAGAAAAUGUUACGCUCUAUAUUCUAGAAUUACACUGAUCUCAAGUGUUCUAAGGUUGAUAAUUUAUAUGUUUUCAUUUCUCUGUAAAGAUAAUUGUUAUCAUAAUAUAAGAACUUAGGCUAAAAUAAUUUUCAUCAUUUUCACUCACAUUUGCUUUAAAAACAAUAGAUAAUUAAAUUUCUUUUUGUCUCAAAAUGUGUAGUCAAGAAAUCCGGAGAUCUUUCAUAUAUGAUGUAGAUAUAUGUACGAGUAUAUUUACCGAUGUAAUAAAUAGGGAUUAUAUUACAGUAAACAGACUCUGUUUUCACUUGUGUAACUUUAUUUACAUUACAACCUUUAUGGCCUUUGUCAAAAUAUUUUUUUAGUAAAAUCAUAAUAUUAUGUUGUGCUUAGUGCAUAUAUUUCGGGGUUCAAAACUUGUCUUGCAAAUGUAGAAUAUCAAAACUUCAAAUUUUAUAAAUUGUGAUACAGAUAUGCAAGUGACAAUAGAGUCUGUUAAAUGUGUGUAAGGUUUUAUCAUUUGUUACUUCUUUCACUCUACAAACAAGCUUAUUAUUCAAUCAUUGUUUCAUAUAUAAGUCAGAAGUACAGUUCAUUUAGGAUAAUAUGACAGUUCAUAUGUCAGGGUUUCUAUAAAUAGUAAUAAGUUUUAUGUUUGUGUAAGUUUGUCAGAUUAAAAACUUGUAUCAUACUAAUGUUGUCAUAGUGACAGGCAAUGGAGUGCUGGAAGUGAUUUAUUUAUACAGUUUCUUUUGUCUUUGUUAUUAAUUUAAGUAAACAACUUACAUUACUGUAAAACUUUAAUUGACAACUUACUAUGAAACUCAACAAAGAUUUAUUUUAAUUACUGUUUACCUGAUAACAGUUUGAAUAAAAAAUAAACAAGAAGAUGUCUGAAUUGUGAAACUUUAUUAGAAAGAAAUUAAGUGCCGAAAGAACUAAAAUUAUAUAAAAAAUAUACAUAUUUUUAAAAAUUUUGUUUUAACGCCAUACAUGAAACCGUACCAACAAGCAAUGGCGUACUAUUUUUGUAAUUCUUAUUUAAUUUUCACCAUUUAAGGUAGUUAAAAAUAGAUUUGAAGUUCCUCUUUCACAUCUUUAUUUAUUUUUCACAACAUUACUGUCAUAGUAUCCAAGAUGUACUGUAUGAAUGUAUGUUAUGUUAACAUGCAUAUUCUGAAGAAAUUAAAACAUCAAACAUUGCAUUUAUUUAUUUUUAAAAUAAAUCAUUAUUAUAAGAUGUAUCAUUUUAUAAUUUCAUUUUUUUUUAAAUAUCUGAUUUAGCUUUAAUAUGAAGUUUUUAAAUAUGAAGGUUUUAUCUAUUUAGAGUAUCUUUUUAAAGAUUUUAAAAGUUUUUUUUUAUCAUUUUCUUAAACAUCUUGGUUUAUUGUAAUCUUAUUGGUAUUUUGAAACUGGUUUUGUUUAGAUUUUCUUUGAUCAAUCAGUUAAUCUGAUAAAAUAUGUGAGUAUGCACACAAAUUAAUGCCUUGUACCGUUCUCACAGAAUCAAAGUGUAUAUAAGCUCAAUUUCCAGGAUAUUUUAGUCAUUUUUUUUAUUGUAAAUAAGAUUUUAUACUUGUUACUUUCAUGUGAAGUCCCACCUUCAUUUUAUGUAGAAAAUGUUUGAUUAGAAUAGUAGUUUUACAAACAUACUUAAAAAGUCAAAUUUCUAAAAAAAUUAUGUCAAAAGAUGAGAUCACGUUGAAGUAGCAACUACAUGUGUAUAUUUUCUUGGUAUUACAAACUACUACAUCCAGUGAUCAUUUAUGGUAGCAGUCUCGGGCAUCAUGAUUUACCUGAAGUUUAACCAGUUAUGGUAGCACUCUUGAAGUGUGUUUAACCUAAAGUUUAGCCCAUUAUGGCAACACAUCUGCCAGUUAUGUCAGUGUUGCAUGAAACACUCAGUGCGCUAGUUUUACUGUUUUGUUGUUUUAUUUGAGGCUUUAAAUGUUGCUUUGGGUAAAGAGAUAGAUUUUAAACAUGUACAUUCAAAUGCUAAUAAUAAUCUGAAAAAUUGAAAUAUGCCAAGUAUAUAAUAUUAUUAUGAAAGUGAUGUUUAAAUGCUGUUGAGAAUAUACCGGUAAAGAACUGAAAAUGUUACGGCAUACAUGUUAGUAUUAUUUCAAAAAGUCAUCAUUUACUCUGCUGCAUAUACUUCUGUAGGAAUAGUUACAGUUUUAUUAUGCACACAAUAGACCAAAUUUCUAACUUACACUUAGCCAAAGAAUUGCAAAAAUAUGUAUAACUAUGAUAGGUUAAUACUACUGAAAGUAAGUUAUGUUGCUAACUAGUGUAAUGUAUGUAUGUGGUAUAGUAAAGGGAGGUAAAUGUUACUACACACAUGUUGUGCCUUUAUAAUGUCCCUCUUCAAAGGUUUUUGUAGAUGUUUGUCGGAUGUUCAGUCUGUCGUUCGAUUGAUAGACCACUUCACUUGAGAAUCACAAGUCCAAGAGCCUUCACAAGAAGGUUGCCAAUAUUUAGUAGAAAACCUAUAGUUUUUGGGCUCUGUAAUAUCUAAGGUGAGAAGCACACAGUUUCCUUGCAUGUGAAAACUGUUCUUCGAGUCUAUUUGAUAUACUUUAACCUUCAUAGGUUUGCCUUUAUUUAUUGGAAGACCCAUUUUACUUUUAUGGUCAUGAAAUAUGUCCUGAUUUUAUAAAAAAAAAAAACGAGAAGAAAAUACUGAAAUAAAACAACUCUGCUAUAUAAGGAACUGUUGAUAUCAAACAAGCUGAAUGCAAGUGUGUUGUUUGCUUUUACAGCUAUCGCAUUAGAUUUUUAAGAUAUAGGACUGGAUUGUUUUGUUUUAAGACUUGUGGUAGGACUGGAUUGUUUUGUUUUAGGACUCGUAGAUUUAUAGCCAUCCAAGUCUUUAGACCAAUGAUGUUAAAGUUGUAAAAAAUCGUGAGUUAUCUCUGCUCAUUCUAGUGGUUGUGGUCGGCGGUGGCAUACAUGUCAGUCUGACAUCCCUGUUAUUGAAACCAUCAUUUCAAAAACCAUUAAUCAUUAUAUUUUCUAUCAAUUAUUUGUUGUGUGUUAAUUUAUUGUACACAUUCCACAAGAACUUACAUUCUUUAUUUUAGCGUUGUGCAUUGUGAUAUAUAUUAUAUAAUAUUUGUGAUGUGUUUAUUGCAUAUUUUAAAGAAAUUUUAAGGAAAAUUUUACCAUAUACCAUAUUUUGAGUAUGUAUUUUCAUGUUAGAAGUUAAUUAUGUUCUUUAGUUACAUAUUUUUACAAUAACGUAUCAUUCUUUAUGAAACAAAAAUCAUUGAAUCUUUUAAGAUGGAUCAAUACUUCUACAGUUGUAUGUAAUUUUUAAAUUUUAUUUAAAAAAAGUAAAAUAUGAUAAGACCAUUUUUGCAGCCAAAAUACUGUUGUAUUGGAUGUCUGUCGUAAUAUACACAUAUUAAGUGAAAUAUAAAACAUACAUGUAAUUUAAACCAUUCAGUGAAACAGUCGUCCUAUGUAGGCAAUUUUUGUAUUUGUCAAAAAGCUAUUUGGGUGUGUUUCAUAUCUAUUACCUGGUAUUUAAUAGACCUUCAGCUUUGUAAAAGAAAAAUAUAUACCGGUAUACAGUUUAUACUUUUAAGAAGGUAGAAAAUUUUAUCAUUGUGUUGUUUUGUCAAAGGAUCAGUUAGUUUCAUUUAAUUUGUCUUGAAUCAGUAAGUUUGGGAUAGUUUGCCUAUAAAGAGGAUUUAAUUAAAUUGAUUAUCAUUGUAUUAAAUACUGCAAUUUUGUUUUUUGUGAUGAACUAAAGCAAAACAAAACCUGUCAAUAAAAGUCAUAAUUUUACAGUU